ACAAAGGGCCAUGAUCAACCCCUUCGUGACCAAAAUGUCGACCAAUAUGGAUAGUGAAGGUGAGAUUAAACAGACUGACAUCAUAGCCGCUGCUGAUGCUACAGGAGACAUCAAGUCAUCUAAGCGAAGGAGGGCGUCCAGUGCGGGCCUGGCGAGUCUACGCUUCAAUUCAUCGGGAGAUGUGGAGUUGGGAGACCUGGUAGACCGGGAAUCAUCGGAGAACACCGCCAACACCAGCAACAGCAAACGCAACACCUUACAGAGCAGCCACGGCACACAUGGGGUGGAGGCCACUGAGCCCAGACGAGUGGGCAAUGUGUACAGCGUGCCUAUAGCCACCAGCGAGUUCACCCCACAGGACCUUAUGGCGGAGGUGCAGCGGGUGCUGACGGUGCUCAACAUAUACUUUGUGACGACCGAUACCUACCUAAUCGCCUGCACAUACGACACGAGUGCGGAGAAGGUGGUGAUUGAGAUUGAGAUCGUCAAAGUUUGGCUUGUGAACAAGCUGGGUGUACAACUCAAGCGCAAAUCAGGAAGCCUAUGGCUGUAUAAGGAAAUUUAUUCAAAAAUUAUUAGUGCUAUGCAGAUCCCUAAUUAGGACAGAGCGAACUUAAUUCUUAUAAUCGGGAUUUGGUCCGGCUUGUGCACGUGCAAGUCGCAGGGCUGUAACUCCACACACAAUUUAAGUGCACACAGUUCCUGUGCUCAGUGGCGUGUGAAGAUCAAAUAAAGUGAACACAGAAUUUAAAUUACGAA